CUCAACUGUGGCCAAUGUACAACAGAAACUUGGUAAAGAUACUUGUUUGUUUUCGUUUUGACAGAAUUUCGAUAGACUUCGUAAAAUGAUAGAAAUUAAUAGCAAUCAAGUGAAAGGAACCGAUGAGCAGAAAAUGGCAAAACCACUGUAUAUUCAACGGCUCGAAGCAGCUUUUGAUAUGGGACCAUUUUUGAAAUAUGCUGAGCAUGUAAUUUCGAGGACACUAAGCAGCAGCGAUGACGAGAAUGAUGACGAUAUAAGCGAUAAUGAUUCGGAUUCAGACUCUUCCAAUAUAAAUAUACGAAACUAUCGGAAGCUUGCUUAUGGCGUUAAAGUGUCCAGACAAGAACGGAAUGAGGAUAAACGAUAUGUAUAUAAUUUGACAUCUGUGGGCCCGGAACGGUUAUGGCUACAGAAUCUGUUAUUGUCUGACACCGAAACGGAGAGUGAAAUAUCCGACGAAGAUGAAUACGUUCGUCUAAUGCUGAACAAUCACCAAAGGGAAAAAAUGUAUCGCGCUAAAUACUAUAACAGCAGCAAUAAUUCUCAGUACGGUUAUUAUGCUGCUGGAAUUUUAUCGAAUUACGACAUGUUUCCGGAACAUCAGCGAUCAAUUAUUGGAAAUACUAGAAGAAAAUUAAAACUUGAGAAAAGGAAUGACAAAAUAACUAAAAGAAAAAGAAAAAUUAUCAGAAGCGAAACUGUUGCUCAUGUUCCCACUAAUGAUCACAACGAUUGGGAGUCAAAAUUAACUUUAACGAAAAAUGAGAAUGACGACAUAGAUUCCAAACCGUCAAGUCCGACAGGUAUCAAAUUGAAACGAGGACGAAAGUGUGCGAUAAAGACCCCUGAAAUGAUGGCUGUUAGGCGUCGAAAAAUAUGGCAAUUGAUGGCAAAGAAAGAACUAGGAAAGGUUCAACGAGCCAAGGUAAACAACCAUAAGGACAUGAUAACCAACUGUCGUCGCGUGGCUUCUUUAUGUAUGAAAGUAUCACGCCAAAAAGCGAUGCAAUCGCAAAAGCUUAUGAAAGAAACCAUUUGGAGAGCCAAACGAUUGACUCGAGAAAUGCAGGGUUAUUGGAAAAGAUAUGAUCGGGUUGAAAGAGAGACUCGUCGUCGAAUGGAACGAGAGGCUGAAGAACAACGGAAAAUCGACGUUGAAAUGGUGGAAGCCAAACGACAGCAGAGAAAACUUAACUUUUUGAUCACUCAAACCGAACUGUACGCACAUUUCAUGUCAAAAAAGCUUGGGAACGUAUCAAAAGAAGAACAAUUGAAAAUAUUGUCUCAGCUCGACGAAGAAUCAAACCCUAGAUUGGCGGAUAUAGAUAAUUACGACUGUGAGUCUAUGAAACAGCAAGCUUACAAAAAUGCAAUGGAUGCGUUUAGCACUGAACGAACCCGUAAACAACAAUUUGAUAGUGUUGCCCAACAUCUGCUAAUUAAUAAUAAAAAAGACAAUGCAUCGGGUGCUAUAGCAGACCUCCCACAACCCUCUAUUUUUCGGGGUUGUUUGAAAGGCUAUCAAUUAAAAGGAAUGACUUGGUUAGCGAACCUUUAUGAUCAAGGAAUAAGCGGUAUUUUAGCUGACGAAAUGGGACUUGGGAAAACAGUUCAGUCGAUUGCUUUCUUAUGCCAUAUCGCUGAAUGCUAUGGAGUUUGGGGUCCUUUCCUAGUCAUAUCACCUGCAUCGACUCUUCACAACUGGCAGCAGGAAAUGGAACGUUUUGUUCCCGAUUUUAAUGUCGUACCCUAUUGGGGCUCUCCGAAUGAAAGAAAGAUUUUACGACAAUUUUGGGAUCAGAAGCAUCUUCACACGAGAGAUGCUAGUUUUCAUGUUGUUAUUACUAGCUAUCAACUCGUGGUUUCGGAUUAUAAGUAUUUCAAUCGUAUAAAGUGGCAAUAUAUGGUGCUGGAUGAAGCACAAGCUAUAAAAAGUUCUAGCUCAAUGCGUUGGAAGCUUUUGCUUGGAUUCAACUGCAGGAACAGGUUACUGCUUAGCGGUACCCCGAUCCAAAAUAGCAUGGCAGAACUAUGGGCAUUGCUGCAUUUCAUCAUGCCUACGCUAUUUGAUUCACACGAAGAAUUUAACGAAUGGUUUUCGAAAGAUAUUGAAAGUCAUGCUGAAAACAAAACAGGAAUCGAUGAAAAACAAAUUUCACGCCUACAUAUGAUACUCAAACCCUUCAUGCUGCGACGAAUCAAGAAAGAUGUCGAGAACGAGCUGUCAGAUAAAAUAGAAAUAAUGGUUUAUUGUCCGUUGACAACACGACAAAAAUUGCUAUAUGUCGCUCUCAAAAAGAAAAUACGAAUUGAAGAUUUGCUCAAUCUCACGGGCCACGGAACUGGUGAUGGAAGUUCAUUCGAUAAGAAUUUCACGUCAAAUCUGAUGAACUUGGUGAUGCAGUUCCGUAAAGUUUGUAAUCAUCCAGAACUGUUUGAGCGGAGAGAUGCAAGGAGUCCAUUGUUUUGGAGAACUGCAGAUUACCCCGUCGCACGGUUAAUCUUCAAUGAAACAAAUAUGAUUAAAACCAUUCCGAGUAAACAUCAUUUACUGUACAACCGGCUACACAUAUUCAAAGCCGACAACAUACACAGGACAUUGCGAAUAAAUUCGGCUAUUGAUGAUUUGAAUACAAAUUCUACGUUUUCUUUUUCGAGGUUUUGCCGGCUUUCACCAUUAAAGAUAGAAAAAAUAAUGCUGAAAGGACUCCUUUAUUUAUUCGAAUGUACGUAUAAGAGGUUACGUUAUCUUCAGCUUCUGCAUUACAAUUGGAUUUGGCAGAAAACUCAAAUCAACAAAAGUAAUAUGAUUCUUGAGCCAAUGAUUGAAUGCUGGACCAACAGUCUAUUUUCAUGUUUCUAUGAAGUGAUGGAUAAAUUAAUAUUUACUGCCACCUGCCAGAAAAGCAUUUAUACACACAAAGAUCAUCUAAUUCAUUCGAUGCAGGAAACAAUGGAACACAGAAUCAUGAGAAGCAGAAAAGUUUUGAUGUUAUCAAACAGUGAAAACCGAAUGAUCGAAAGUACCAACAGUAUUCAUUUUGAUGGAAUUGGUAAAUAUUCAGGAUCAAAAUCAACAAUACCAAACCUUUCUUUAUUGCCCGAAUUUAUCAAUGGUUUCCAUCACGAAAUUAAACUCGAAUGCUAUCCUACAGAAAUGCCACAUUUUUUAUAUGGUGUUAUUCCGCGUGUUGUUAGCUCUGGAAGAAAGUACUAUUGCGACAGUCGUGAGGCUUCAUGGACUGUAUCAAACUAUGAGCAUUGUGAUCCUCUUGUAUACAAUGCGCUGGAAUUAUCUUAUCCAUCCUCAGUUGGAUGGUCUAACAUUAUCGUACCUGAUAAACAAGCCCUGGUUUCAGAUGCUGGAAAACUUUCUGUGCUGGAUUCAUUACUGAAACGGCUUAAAGAUCAGGGUCAUCGUGUUUUGAUCUAUUCUCAGAUGACAAAAAUGAUUGACCUACUAGAGGAGUAUAUGUGGCAUAGAAAACAUCGAUACAUGAGACUCGACGGUUCGAGUAAAAUUUCGGCUAGAAGAGAUAUGGUGGCAGAUUUUCAAAAUCGUGCAGAUAUUUUUGUGUUUCUACUAUCGACGCGUGCUGGAGGUCUCGGCAUCAAUUUAACUGCAGCCGAUACGGUUAUUUUCUAUGAUUCUGACUGGAAUCCAACCGUCGAUCAGCAAGCCAUGGAUCGUGCACAUCGAUUAGGUCAAACGAAGCAGGUCACCGUUUAUCGUUUAAUCUGUAAAGGCACCAUUGAAGAACGUAUCUUACAACGUGCAAGGGAAAAAAGCGAGAUUCAACGAAUGGUCAUAAGUGGUGGAAAUUUCAAGCCAGACACACUAAAACCAAAAGAGGUUGUGUCUUUAUUACUGGACGAUGAAGAAAUCGAGCUUCGAUACCGACAAAAAACCGAGGAGAGAAAAAUUCUUACUGAAGAUUGUCCCAAGUACGAUAAGGAACGAGAUAGAAAACGAAAGCAGAUUACAUCAGCAAACAAGGGCCCAGAACAAAAGAAAGUCAAGGCCACUGGAUUCCUCGAUGCUGAUGAUUUAGCUUUUCUUGAGUCAGGAGCGGUGAGUCCAGCUGGUAGCGAGCAAUCAAAUACGAGCGGCCAUAUAAAGCCACAUGAAAUAAGCCGCGGUGAUGAUUCGACUAAUGAUGAUUUGAUAGCCGAUUGUGAGAACACAAGUUCGAUGCAAACUUCGGUUGUUAUUUCAACAUACGACGGGCUCGGGAAACAACGGAAACGUUAUCAUCCGCGGGGAACCAAACGCGGAAGACCACGAGGUUCACGUCGUGGUGGAGGUACUGGUAGUGUCGGACGAGCAGAAUCUGGCAGUACAAUACCUUGCACUUCAGAUUCACACCUGUCUGCAUCGGAUGUCCCGGUUAUACAACAAUUGCCGCAGAUCAAACGAGGGCCUGGUCGACCACGUUUGAAACCAAAUGGACCCGGCCAUCAAGGAUAUCGCAAUCAUGCUAGAAAUGUCUCACGUCCUAAAAAGUCAGUUGGCCCUCUUGUAGUUCCACUAGGACAUAGCCCUGCAUCAACACCUAUGACACGAAGUCCUGUACCGAGCCCAACUCAAAGCCCUAUACGGGAUACACAAUAGAAAAUUUAUCAAUGUUAUGUUAGAAGUAAGCAUUCCUAAAUUUAUACAUACAAUAACAAUUUGAAUAACAAUAACAAUCGUAUGACAUACGAAAAAAACCCCUGUCUUCAUCAUUAGUAUGGUUUUAUUUAUAUCGAAAAAUUUAAUUAAGAAUUCUAACACACUUUUAUUUGUAUACUAGCUGACCCGGCAAACUUCGUGCCGCCCAAAAUUUGUUUUUUUAUAAUCAAUACCUUCAAACAUUCACGUUUUCUUACUAAGCGCAAGUUCAUGAGUCCAAUCGCAGAACUGUUCAUUGAUUGAUCUUCUAAUCGACCCCGUUGAAUUUACCGUUUACUAAAAAACUCCUAGUACUUCUACAAAAACUCAUCAUUAUAAUAUCAGAUUAUUUUCAGACAAAAUUCUCGUUCAAGAUUUUUCAACAACUUGCGAAUAACAUGUUUCUCCGUUACAUGGAAUAAAUGUUUGAUACAGAAAAUAUGAUAGAAAAAAGACGGACCCCUCCCCUCUUCUCCCCUUAGAGAGGAGAGAGGAGUGUCUAUUCACCAUAGAAACGUUUCGUGCCCCCUAAAAUCUUCACAUGCCAAAUUUGGCUCCAUUUGCCUGAUUGGUUUUCGAGUUAUGCAGAAAUUUGUUUUUCAUUUGUAUGACAGCCCACCCUAAGAGAGAGGGAGGAGUGUCUAACCACCAUAGAAUCAUUUAUUGCACCCUAAAACCUCCAGAUGCCUAAUUUGGUUGCACUUGCUUGAUUAACUCUCGAGUAAUGCAGAAAUUUGUGUUUCAUUUGUAUGGCAGCCCCCCCUUAGAGAGGUUGCCAAAUCAGAUCAGAGAUGUCACAUUCGCACAUAUGUUCACGAAUUUGCAGACAUUUAACUUUUGUCACAACCUUUUAUUCCUGCUGCAGGCUACUUAAAAUAUUGACAAAAAAAUAUUGGUUCAAAAGAUAAACGAAGCUGACCAGUUUCGCAGACAUUAGCACAUAUUUUCAGAUAUUUCAGAUUUUUAUCGCAAUGUUCGUGAAAAAAACAUCUUGCAUCCCAGAAUUUUAUUUAUUUCGCUCAGAGAGGUCAGAUAUUUGUUUUGCUACAGUCAGUGCCAUAUUUAUAGAUCUGAAUUUGCUUGGCCUGUUGUUAGCAUAAACACUUUCGUUGUGUAUCGGGACAUUCUGCCGAAUUUGCAGCCAUUUGAUUCGAAUUUAGUUUGCUCAACAAGCAAAGUGGAACAGUUGAUUGUAUCCUGUGAAGUUUUAAACUUUCGUUUAUUUUGGUCGUAGUUGCUGCUGCUCUCUGCGUUCUCAGUGUUCAAUUGUUGCUCCGGCUACGGCGUAUACCACGGCUUCAGGAAUGUAUAUGUAGUUAGGUGAUGAUGACUCGUGGCUAGAUAGAUGAAACACAAGAUCCAUGUAAUAG